AUGUCCUCGCUCACUCAGAGAAGGUCGCCGCGGUGUCACGCUACUUCAGCGCGAGAGGCGGCGGAGAUGCCCGCUCCCGUCUCGGUUCGGCGCGCGCCGGCGGAUGCGGAGAUGCUGCGAGCGCGCCUCGUGUCGGCGGGGCCCAGCGGCGCGCAGCGCGGCCCCGACGCCCUGGUGUUCACCCACAGCACCAAGGCCCAGGAGAAGCGGCGUGCCGCCCAGAGACCCGCACCGCUGGACGUUCUGCCGGCCCUGAAGCAGUACCGGGAGCGUACGCAGCCGGAGUACAUCCACAGGAAGAACCGGGAGAGGCUGAUCAGCGCGGGCUGGAAGCCCCCCUCGCUGCCCUUAUCCAGGCCCGAGAGUGCGGACCCGUCCCUGGAGACAAGGCCCUCCGCUCUACAGCUGCCCCGCAUCCCAGACCACCUCAGAGAAGCACAGGUGCGGACAACUCAGAGCAUGCUCAGCUCCGCCUCUCCGCGGAAAAGACCAAGUAGCUCCAAACACCCCUCUGUCACCUUGGCACCCAUUAGCCACUCCCCCUCUCCACCACCGCUGAAUCCACUGCACUUCAGCUCUGUAGAGGAAGUGGUCCGUGCCCGAAUUCGCUCCCCUACUGAAAUCGCGCAGGUCGUCCGGAACAACCCUCAUCUGGGGUUCCUCUACAUGACCUCAGCAGAACCCAAGUCUUCUGUCAAGUAUGAUGCAUACAACCUCAAGAUUGCGUCGUUCGAGAGCAUCAACACGUCGGACUACUACACGGUGAGCGCGCGGGGCGUGCUGCGCCACCGUGCCGGCCAGGUGGGCUUCCUGCUGCUGGAGCGCUGGGAGCACGAGUACCGCCUGCACCGCCGGCUCCUGCGCAUCCCGACCUUCGCCCUCUUCCGCAAGUGGAAGGCCUUCCGCGUGUGGCAUGGCAACGUGCGAGCCAGGGCCGUGGGCAUGUGCAGGCGCGCACUGCAGGAGCGCCUCUUCAUUGUCAAUGAGUCCCUGCGUCCUGCGCUGAUCGACAUUCGGGAGAUGUGCGGCCGUCUGGGGGCCAUGAGCCUCUGCAGGGCAGAGACGGUGCGCACGCACACGCUGGAGGAGUUCCGGGACGCUCAGUACGCUCAGCUCGGAGAGGUAUCUUCUCGUCUGAAGGAAUUCCGAGAGUUGGUAAAGGAGGUGGCAGGAAGUGCUUGUCGUCUGAAUAUGCUGGAUGCUGGAUACACACCUGACUACGACAACUUCCAUACUGAUGGAGAUGAAAGUAAACUGUGUGCUGAUGUUGAUCUGUUGUGCGAGGACACUCCUGGGAAAAUGAGCCAUACAGAGCAGGCCAACAAAAGGUAUCACUGUAGCCGCCUUACAUGUUUUAUCCGCCUGGCUGAUUACCUGAUCAUGAACACCAUGCAUGUGCUGGCUGUCAACUCCAUCAGCAAGCUCCUGAGUCUGCUUCAGGAGCAGAACACACACACACCUUCACAUGCACUCAUCCAGAGCUGGGCUAGUGGUGAGACCAGCCAUGAGACACAGACCAAGGACAACGUAUCAGAGCAGAGUGCAGAUGCUUCACUGCUGCCCAUGUUCAUCACAGAACUGAUGCUGGACACACAGUCGCUGCCCUUUCGGCCUUCCAUCGACGACUUCCAGGCAUGUUUUGCAGAGGUCAUCUCCCGUUUCCAGAGGACAGUCCUUUCUUUGGAGCCGCUGCUGCCCGACUCCUGUUUUGAUGCCUUCACUCAACCCAUUAUUAACAACAAGACCGAGGAGAAGACGUGUGGCGAAGGCCCAGAUUUAUAUGCCACGCUCGACAAUGACCAACACCUGCAGGACAUUAUUGGCUCCAUCAAGGAGUCGGUGGAGUUUGCGUUUGACGCUGCUAACAUGUACGCCAGCACGUUUGAGCCCUUCCGAGUUUUCUAUAAGGAGAAUGAAAGCCUGGACCUCACCGCUCUUAAAGAGCAGGACUACGGAGUUGACUUUUUUGGGGAGAGACUGGAGAAAUAUCAUCGUCAGCAUAAGGAAGCUUUGGCUGUUAAUCCAAAGCGAGUCCUGGGCAUGCUCCUGGUGGACACGUCACAGCUGAAGAGCCAACUCACUCCAUCACCACUGCAUUGCAUAGAGGCCAUUCAUGAAAUACUGCCCCCGCUAGCCAAGAAGAAGAUGGAUGCCGUCAUCACCGAGGUUCAGGACGCCCAAUUCAAACUGGAGCUUGUCCCCGCGGCAACCAUCGAGUAUGUCAACUCUCUCACUUUUCUGGAUGAAAUCCAGGAACGGCUCGAGGUGCUGGACGUGCAGACCGAGGCCGUGUGCCGGAUGUACAAGCUGAUUGAGCAGUACUCUGUGCCUGCCCCACCCGAGGACUUCGCCGUGUUCGCCACGCUGCAGCCGUCCCUCACGGCCAUGAAGAACGCCAUCGACAGGGCGCUGGGCGAGAGGGACGCCAAUGUGGACAAGUUCGGUCAGCACCUGCAGCGAGACAUCAGCGAACUCAACAAGGAGGUGAUGAGGGUCAAACAGCAAGCAGAGAACAGGGAGCUCCUGGACAUCGACGCCGACCGCGCUAAAGUGCGCAUGCUGCUGGCCGAUAUCCAGAUCUCCAUAGACGAGCUUCAGGCCCAAGCCUUCCGCUUCAAAUCCUACCAGAAGAACUUUAAGGUGGAGGUAACCAAGUACGAGUCUCUGGAGGAACUGAGCGCAGAGGUGAAACUGAAGCAUCUGCUAUGGGAUUCGCUAGAGGAGUGGCACCAACUGCAGAGCAAGUGGACGCAGAGCAAGGUUGACGAGCUGGAGCUGGAGGUGCUGGGCGCCCUGGUGAACAAAUACGGCAAGUGUGUGAGCCAGCUGGAGAAAGGACUCCCGCCCAACAACGUGGUGCCCUGCCUGAAGACCGCCGUAGAAUCCAUGCGGGAGAAGCUGCCCGUGAUCAUAGACCUGCGUAACCCCUGUCUGAAAGCGCGUCACUGGGAGACCAUGGAGAAGGUGGUGGGGGCGAAGCUGUUGGAGCAACCGCUGACCUUCUCCAACCUGCAGGAGCUCAACGUCUUCAGCUUCAGCGCAGAGAUCCAGGAGGUAUCAGGCCAGGCGACAGGAGAGGCGGCCCUGGAGACGGUGCUGAAAAAGGUGGAGGACUCGUGGAAGACGACCGAGUUUGUGGUGCUGCCGCAUCGCGACUCCAAAGACAUGUUCAUUCUCGGUGGGACAGACGACGUCCAGGUGCUGCUGGAUGACAGCUCCAUUAACGUGGCCACGGUCGCAUCUUCCCGUUAUGUCGGCCCCAUCAAGCCCAGAGUAGACGAGUGGCAGAAGCAGCUUGCCCUAUUUGGCCAGACCCUGGACGAGUGGCUGACGUGCCAGAGGAACUGGCUGUACUUGGAGAGCAUCUUCAGCGCCCCCGACAUCCAGAGGCAGCUGCCCGCCGAGGCCAAGAUGUUCCUGCAGGUGGACAAGUCCUGGAAGGAGAUCAUGAGGAAGGUCAACCGCAUGCCCAACGCGCUGAGAGCCUCCACCCAGCCAGGACUUCUGGAGAUCUUCCAGAACAAUAAUGCUCUAUUGGACCAGAUACAGAAAUGCCUAGAAGCUUACCUGGAGUCUAAAAGAGUCAUCUUCCCCAGGUUCUACUUCCUGUCCAACGACGAGCUGCUGGAGAUCCUGGCACAGACGCGGAACCCGCAGGCCGUGCAGGUGCACCUGAGGAAGUGCUUCGAUGCCAUCGCCCGCCUCGACUUCGCACUGCUGCCGCCCGCCGAGGGUGAGGCAGAGAGGCACUACAGCAACGACGUCCUGGCCAUGAUCUCACCCGAGGGAGAGAAGGUGGCACUGGUUAAAGGACUAAAGGCUCGUGGUAAUGUGGAGGACUGGCUGGGGAAGGUGGAGGAGGCCAUGUUCUCCUCUCUCAGACGCCUCAGCAAGGCCGCCAUCGCCGACUACCAGCGAAAACCUCGGGUGGAGUGGGCGGUGGCCGGUCACCCCUCACAGGUGGUGCUGACCGUCUCCCAGCUGAUGUGGUGCAGGGACAUGGAGAACCGUUUGGAGGGCGACCACGAUCACUUCCAGGCCCUCCAGCAGUUCGAGACCACCAACUUUGAGAGGUUGAACGCUCUGGCCGCUCUCGUGCGGGGGAACUUAUCCCAAAUUCACCGGGACAUCAUCACAGCGCUCAUUACCGUGGACGUUCAUGCCAGAGACAUCGUCACCGCGCUUGUCAAAGAGAAGGUGGACUCGAGCAGUAACUUUGACUGGCAGCGGCAGUUGCGCUACUAUUGGGAUGUGGAGCUGGAUAACUGUGUGGCGCGCAUGGCCCUGUCUCAGUACACCUACGGAUAUGAGUACCUGGGGGCCUGUCCUCGCCUGGUCAUCACGCCACUCACGGACCGUUGCUACCUCUGCCUGAUGGGGGCGCUGCAGCUGGACCUGGGCGGCGCUCCGGCAGGUCCUGCCGGCACCGGGAAGACCGAGACCACCAAAGACCUGGCCAAGGCCCUGGCCAUCCAAUGCGUGGUCUUCAACUGCUCUGACGGCCUGGACUACAAGAUGAUGGGGACGUUCUUUAGUGGUCUUGCUCAGUCCGGUGCCUGGUGCUGUUUUGAUGAGUUUAAUCGCAUCAACAUUGAGGUGCUGUCUGUCAUUGCCCAGCAACUUAUAACCAUCAGAAAUGCUAAGGCGGCUAAGCUGUCUCGGUUCAUGUUCGAGGGGCGUGAGAUUAAACUGGUGAUGACGUGUGCAGCCUUCAUCACGAUGAACCCCGGCUACGCCGGCAGGACAGAGCUCCCCGACAACCUGAAGGCUCUGUUCAGACCCAUCGCCAUGAUGGUGCCUAACUACACCCUCAUCGCCGAGGUGAUCCUGUACUCGGAGGGCUUUGAGUCGAGUAAGACUCUAGCGAGGAAGAUGACUCAGAUGUAUAAGCUCUGUAGUGAGCAGCUGUCCCAGCAGGACCACUACGACUUCGGCAUGAGGGCCGUCAAAUCCGUGCUCGUCAUGGCCGGCUCUCUGAAGCGGGAGAACCCCCAUCUGAGCGAGGACGUGGUGUUGAUCCGAGCACUGCGAGACUCCAACCUGCCCAAGUUCCUCGCCGACGACGCCGUGCUUUUCAGCGGCAUCCUGUCGGACCUCUUCCCCGGCGCCUCCGUCCCGGCGCACGACUACGGCGCGCUGCAGACGAGCGUGCAGGAGGCCCUGCGUGGGUGCGGCCUGAUGCCGCUGCCCUGCGCGGUCGCCAAGGCCGUGCAACUGUACGAGACCGUGCUGGUGCGCCACGGCGUCAUGCUGGUGGGACCGGCGGGCGGCGGCAAGACCGCCACCUACCGGGCGCUGGCCGACGCCCUGACGGCGCUGUGCCUCGCAGGCCACGCCCACCCCUCCUACCGGCCCGUGCGCACGCACGUGCUCAACCCUAAAGCGGUGAGCAUGGGUGAGCUGUACGGCGAGGUGAACCCGCUUACGCUGGAGUGGCGGGACGGGCUGAUGGCGCGGUGCGUGCGGGCCGCCGCCGCCGCCGCCCCCGGCGACGAGCACCAGUGGGUGGUGAGUGACGGACCUGUGGACGCGCUCUGGAUCGAGAACAUGAACACGGUGCUGGACGACAACAAGACGCUGUGUCUGGCCAACGGGGAGAGGAUCAAGCUCACGCCUGCCAUCCACAUGAUGUUCGAGGUUCAGGAUCUGGCCGUUGCCUCCCCAGCCACGGUCAGCCGCUGCGGGAUGGUCUACAUCGACCCCGAGGAGCUCAAAUGGAUGCCGUACGUGCAGACGUGGCUGGCGGGCCUCUCGCAGAAGAUCACGGAGCCCGUUCGUGUGUACCUGAUCAGCCUGUUUGAGCAGUAUGUGGAGCCGGGACUCCAGUUUGUGUGCAAGCACUGUGUGCAGGCCAUGGCGCAGGUGCACAUCAGCAAGGUCGCCACCCUCUGCUGCCUGCUGGAGGCACUACUGUUCAGCGAGCGGGCCCCCAGCCUGGCAUUGGAACCCCACAAGCUCCACACCCUGCUGUGCCAGACCUUCGUGUUCUGCUACCUGUGGGCCGUUGGCGGGAACCUGGCAGAAACCAGCUGGGACGCCUUCGACGGCUUUGUCCGCCAGCAGUUCGAAGACAAUGCUGACGCCAAGCUGCCCAGUGGAUGGGACCUGUGGAGCGUAUACGUGGACUUUGAGAGCAAGCGUCUGGAGCUCUGGGAUCGCCUCGUGCCGUUCUUCAACUACAACCCGGAGACGCCCUUCUUCGAGACGCUGGUGCCUACCACAGACACGGUGCGCUACGGCUACCUGAUGGAAAAGCUGCUGUCAGUCGGCCACUCUGUCCUGUUCACCGGCACCACCGGAGUAGGGAAGUCGGUGGUGGCGCGUGGCCUAUUGAACAGUGUACAAGAGCAGGCGGGAUAUGUGCCCGUCUACAUCAACUUCUCAGCCCAGACGUCCUCAGCUCGGACGCAGGAGAUCAUAGAGUCCAAACUGGAGAAGAAGAGGAAGAACCUGCUGGGUGCUCCAGUUAAUAAGAAGGUGGUGGUGUUUGUGGACGAUCUGAACAUGCCAAAGUUGGACAGUUACGGCUCCCAGCCCCCCAUAGAACUACUGCGGCAGUUCCAGGACUUCCAGGGCUUCUAUGACCGUGACAAGUUCUUCUGGAAGGAGAUACAGGACGUGAUCGUAGCGGCGGCUUGUGCGCCCCCUGGUGGAGGGCGUAACCCCGUGACCCCUCGCUUCAUCCGCCACUUCAGCAUGCUCUGCCUACCGACGCCCUCCGAGCACAGCCUCAAACAGAUCUUUAAGGCCAUCCUGUGUGGCUUCCUGCUGGAUUUCCCGGCCGCGGUCAAGCAGGUGGGAGGCAGCAUAGUGGACGCAGCAGUGGAGAUGUACCGCCGCAUGAGCGUAGACCUGCUGCCCACCCCUGCCAAGUCCCACUACGUCUUCAACCUCCGAGACCUGUCCAAGUGUGUGCAGGGCAUGCUGCAGUGUGAGCCUGGCUCCGUGCAGGACCAGUUCCAGGUCGUCCGUCUGUUCUGUCAUGAGAGCCAGCGUGUGUUUCACGAUCGCCUCAUCAACAGCGAGGACAAAGCCUACUUCCACACCAUGCUCUCCGAGAUGGCCAGUAAAUAUUUCAGCAUCAGAUUGGAGCCCAGUUAUUUCACAAAGCAGCCCAUUAUCUUUGGAGAUUUCAUCAAGGUUGGCGCCGAUAAGGCGGACCGCGUCUACGAGGACCUUCCGGACAUGGAGAAGAUCCGAAACGUCCUGCAGGACUACCUGGACGACUAUAACCUGACCUUUGCCAAGGAGACCAAGCUCGUCUUCUUCCAGGACGCCAUCGAGCACUUGUCCAGGAUCGCUCGCAUGAUUCGCCAGGAGCGCGGCAACGCACUGUUGGUCGGCGUGGGCGGGACAGGAAAGCAGUCUCUCACGCGGCUGGCCGCGCACAUGUGCGGCCACCGCUGCUUCCAGAUCCAGCUGAGCCGCGGCUACGACUACAACGCCUUCCGCGACGACCUGCGGAGGCUGUACAAGAUGGCCGGCGUGGAAGGCCGAGACACGGUCUUCCUCUUCGCCGACACCCAGAUUGUGGUGGAGGAAUUCCUGGAGGACAUCAACAACAUGCUGAACUCGGGCGAGGUGCCCAACCUGUUCGAGAAGGACGAACUGGAGCAGGUGCUGGCCGCCACACGGCCCCGGGCCAAGGAGGCGGGCAUCGCUGAGGGCAACCGGGACGAGGUCUUCCAGUUCUUCAUCUCGCGCGUGCGGGAGAAGCUGCACAUGGUGCUGUGCAUGAGCCCCGUGGGCGACGCCUUCAGGUCGCGCUGCCGCAUGUUUCCCUCCCUCGUCAACUGCUGCACCAUCGACUGGCUGGUGCAGUGGCCGCGGGAGGCUCUCCUCUCUGUGUCCGAGAUGUUCUUUCAGGGUGUGGAGUUCGGCAGUGAGCAGGUGAAGCGCCGCUUCCCGGAGAUGUGCGUGGAGAUUCACGUGAGCGUGGCGGACGCGGCUGAGCGCUUCUACUCGGAGCUGCGGCGCCGCUACUACACCACACCCACCUCCUACCUGGAGCUCAUCCACCUGUACCUCAGCAUGCUGGUACACAAGAGACAGCAGCUGGAGGCGGCUCGUGAUCGAGUGAAGAACGGCCUGACUAAGCUGCUGGAGACCAAUGCUCUGGUGGAUGAGAUGAAGGUGGAGCUCUCCGCCCUGGAGCCUGUGCUCAAACAGAAAUCUAUUGACGUCAACGCCCUUAUGGAGAAACUCGCCGUGGACCAGGAGAAAGCUGACCAGGUGCGCAAGGUGGUGAAAGAGGACGAGGCCCUGGCAAAGAUGAAGGCAGCGGAGACGCAGGCCAUCGCCGCCGAUGCCCAGCGGGACCUGGACGAGGCACUGCCCGCCCUGGACAGUGCCAACCACGCACUGGACGCGCUGGACAAGGCCGACAUCGCCGAGAUCCGCGUGUUCACCAAGCCCCCCGACCUCGUCAUGACCGUCAUGGAAGCCGUGUGCAUCCUGCUCAAUAGCAAGACUGACUGGGCCAGCGCCAAACAGGUGCUGGGCGACUCCAACUUCCUGAAGAAGCUGACGGACUACGACAAGGACAACAUCCGGCCUCAGGUCCUGCAGCGGCUGCAGCGCUACGUCCAGAACGCGGACUUCGUGCCCGAGAAGGUGGAGAAGGUGUCCAAGGCCUGCAAGUCCAUGUGCAUGUGGGUGCGCGCCAUGGACCUCUACUCGCGAGUGCUGAAGGAGGUGGGGCCCAAGCGCGAGAAGCUGGCCGCCGCCCAGGCGGAGUUGGACGCUACCAUGGCAACGCUGAGGGAGAAGCAGGCCAAGUUGCAGGAGGUGGAGAAUCAGAUCAAAGUGCUGCAGGAGCAGUUUGACUCCAGCGUGGGCGAAAAGGAGGCUCUUGCUGAGACCAUGGCGCUGACAGAAGCGCGGCUGGGCCGCUCAGGGAAGCUGACGGCGGCCCUGGCAGACGAGCAGGGCCGCUGGCAGGAGAGCGUGGCCCUCUACCAGCAGGACAUCCGCGACGUCACCGGCAACGUGUGCAUCGCCGCCGCCUGUGUGGCCUACUGUGGAGCCUUCACCUCCUACUACAGGCAGCUGCUGAUAGACCAGUGGAUUUUGCGCUGUCAAGAGCUGGGCAUUCCAAUCAGUGCCAACUUCAGCCUGAUCGGAAUCCUGGGAGACCCAUAUGAGAUCCGGCAGUGGAAUAGCGAGGGCCUGCCCCGGGACACUGUCUCCACGGAGAACGGCAUCCUGGUGACGCAUGGCCGCCGCUGGCCUCUCAUGAUCGACCCUCAGGAUCAGGCGAAUCGCUGGAUCCGCACCAAGGAGUCCAAGAACGGCCUGAAAGUGAUCAAGCUGACAGACAACGGCUUCCUGCGCACGCUGGAGAGCGCCAUCCGCCUGGGCAUGCCCGUCCUGCUGGAAGAGCUUAAAGAAACUCUGGACCCUGCACUGGAGCCCGUCCUCCUGAAACAGACGUUUGUGUCGGGCGGCAGGACGAUGAUACGCCUGGGUGACUCUGACAUUGACUACGACAAGAACUUCCGCUUCUAUAUGACCACCAAGAUGGCCAACCCCCACUACCUACCAGAGGUCUGCAUCAAAGUGACCGUUAUCAACUUCACCGUAACCAAGUCCGGGCUGGAAGAUCAGCUCCUCAGCGACGUGGUGCGCCUAGAGCGGCCGGACCUGGAGGAGCAGCGGAACCAGCUGAUCGUGCGCAUCAACGCCGACCGCAACCAGCUGAAGGCCAUCGAGGAUCGCAUCCUCAAGCUUCUGUUUACCUCCCAGGGCAACAUCCUCGACAACGAGGAGCUGGUGGAGACGCUGCAGGAGUCCAAGGUCACGUCAGAGGCCAUCAAGACCCGCCUGGCGGAGGCGGAGGCUACAGAGCAGAUGAUUGACACCGCCAGGGAGAAGUAUCGCCCCGUGGCGGCGCGCGGGUCUGUAAUCUACUUCGUCAUCGCCAGCCUUUCCGAGAUUGACCCCAUGUACCAGUUCUCGCUCAAGUACUUUAAACAGCUGUUCAACAGCACAAUCGAUGCGUCGGAGAAGCAGAGCGAUCUGGCGGCACGCUUGCGGACACUGCUGGAACGCACCCUGCUCAGCGCCUACACCAGCGUUUCCCGAGGGCUGUUCGAGCGGCACAAGGUCAUCUACAGCUUCCUGCUGGGCGUGGAGGUCGCGAUGCAGCGCGGGGACGUCUCCCAGCUCGAGUGGCACUACUUCCUCCGAGGCCAGGGGGGCGUGGAGAAGGAGUUGUCAGAGAAGCCCAGUGUUCCGUGGUUAUCUGAUUUUGUGUGGGAAACAUGCUGUGAUCUUGAGAGCAGACUGCCUUGUUUCAGAGGCUUUAAGAAAGCCAUGGUGUCUACACCCAUUACCGUGCAACUGGGUCGAUUGGAGGUCUCCUUGAAUCCAGAGCAGUGGGAGGGCUACGUAACGGACCUUCCGCCGUACUCUGAGGACACGCCCUCUGAAAAACAGCCGGAGGUCAGAGGUCACUGGAACGAGUGCCUGGGGGCCUUCCAGAAGCUCCUCCUCAUAAAGAGCUUCAGUGAGGAGAAGGUUGUGCGAGCAGUGACCGAGUUUGUGAUCGUGAGCCUGGGGCAGCAGUUUGUGGAGAAUCCUCCAGUGGAUCUGGCCACCUUAUACAUGGAUAUGUCCCCCUCCACACCACUGGUGUUUAUCCUCAGCACCGGCUCUGACCCCAUGGGUGCCUUCCAGAGGUUUGCCAAGGAGAGAGGCUACCUGGACAGAGUGCAGUCUAUCUCUCUGGGCCAGGGCCAGGGCCCCAUAGCAGAGAGGAUGAUGGUGGAAGGCGUGAGGAAGGGCAGCUGGGUCUUCCUGCAGAACUGCCACCUCGCCGUCUCCUGGAUGCUCUCUAUGGAGGAAAUCAUCAAGACCUUCUCCGAGCCCGAUGCUGUUAUCCAUGAGAACUUCCGUUUAUUCCUCAGCUCAAUGCCUACCAGUGUAUUUCCCGUCACCGUGCUCCAAAACUCAGUCAAGGUGACCAACGAACCGCCCAAGGGCCUCCGGGCCAACGUGCGACGAGCGUUCACCGAGAUCAGCGGGCCGUUCUUCGAGGAGCACAUCCUGGGCAGGAAGUGGAGGAAAAUCAUCUUCGGGGUGUGCUUCUUCCACGCCAUCAUUCAGGAGAGGAAGAAGUUUGGCCCUCUUGGCUGGAACAUUGGUUACGAGUUCAGCGACAGUGAUAGGGAGUGUGUGCUCCUCAACCUGAACCUGUACUGCCAGACGGGCCACAUCCCCUGGGACGCCCUCAUCUACAUUACUGGGGAGAUUACAUACGGCGGGAGAGUUACAGACGCAUGGGAUCAGCGCUGCUUGCGCACCAUCCUCAAAAGCUUCUUCUCUCCGACAACUCUAGAGGAGGGCUAUCGUUACUCUGCAUCAGGCAUCUAUUUUGCUCCUGAGUCUGACAGUCUGAAGGAGUACCUGAGCUACAUCGAGAGCCUGCCCGUCAUCGACGACCCCGAGGUGUUCGGCAUGCACGAGAAUGCCGACCUAGCUUUCCAGAGGCGGGAGGCGGCCACCGUUGUGAACGCCGUCCUGGAGGCGCAGCCGCGCUCCUCGGCCGCCGGAGGCGGGCGGAGCGGCGACGAAGUGGUGCGCGACCUCGCCGACUCCAUCCUGGCCAGGAUCCCAGAGAAACUCAGUAUGGAAGCCGCCACUGAGAGCCUUUUAGCGCGAGACGCCAAUGGCCGAGUGAACUCCCUAACCACCGUACUUGGACAGGAAGUGGACCGCUUCAACUUCCUGCUGCACUUGCUGAGGACCUCCCUCCGCACCCUGCAGAAGGCCAUCGCCGGCUUGGUGGUGAUGUCUGAGGAGAUGGAGAGGAUAUACCACAGCUUCUUGAACAACCAGGUGCCUGAGUCCUGGGCCGGCAGCGCCUACCCCUCGCUCAAGCCCCUGGGCAGCUGGGUGCGGGACCUCACGCUGCGCACCGCCUUCAUCGACAGCUGGGUAAUAAGAGGUCAGCCCAAGUCGUUCUGGAUCUCUGGAUUCUUCUUUCCUCAGGGCUUUCUGACAGGGGUGCUGCAGAACCACGCGCGCAAGUACAACCUUCCCAUCGAUGAUCUGAACUUCCGCUUCAACAUGGUGCCAGCGUACCGAGACCAGGCCGUUGUCUCAGAACGCUCGAAGAACCUCAGCCCUGGCAUGGAGCUUGACCUAGACCAGGAGCUCCCUGCCGUGAAGGACGGUGUGCUGGUGCACGGGAUGUUCAUGGAUGCCAGCCGCUGGGACGAUGCUAGCAUGGUGAUGGAUGACGCGUUGCCCCGGGUAACGAAUCCCAUGCUGCCGGUGGUGCAUUUUGAGCCGCGGCGUAACUACGUGCCAGAGCCUUCGCUGUACCAUGCGCCGCUCUACAAGACCUCUGCCAGAGCGGGCACGCUCUCCACUACAGGCCACUCCACUAAUUUUGUGGUGACGGUGAUGUUGCCGUCAAACAGGCCCAGCGACUACUGGAUCUCCAAAGCCUCAGCGCUGCUCUGCCAGCUCAGCGAGUGAGACCGGCACGGCUAGACCAGCACUGUGAUACCAGCACCCAAUCUCCCAUCAUGCUUCACUCUUCACAGUAUUUUCACUCCAGUGCCUUCUUUUAAGUGUCUGUUCAUUUUACAGCGGUAAAAGUUAAUAAACCAUAAAUAUGUCAGUUAAAAUGACCAAAAUCAAUUAAAAACAUAAAGGCAGCAAGCAUGACUGGUGCGGGUAGGUCAUUUCCCUGUCUGAGAAAGGUUUGUCUGCACCAUGGAUAGAUUGCAAAAACACAACACACAGGUCAAAAAGGAGU